AUGAUCGACUUAAGCUUCCUGACGGAGGAGGAGCAGGAGGCCAUCAUGAAGGUUCUGCAGCGAGACGCCGCCCUGAAGAGGGCUGAAGAGCAGAGAGUCAGACAUUUGCCUGAAAAAGUUAAGGAUGACCAGCAACUGAAGAAUAUGAGUGGCCAGUGGUUUUAUGAAGCCAAGGCAAAAAGACACAGAGACAGAAUCCAUGGUGCAGAUAUCAUCAGAGCAUCCAUGAGGAAGAAGAGGCCCCAGGUGGCAGAUGAGCAGAGUAAGGACAGAGCAAACAGGGCAAUGGAAAGCUGGGUGAAUAACGUCCACAAGGAUGCUUUCCUCCCCCCAGAGCUAACCGGUGUUGUAGAAGAGCCAGAAGAAGAUGUAGCCCCAGCAAGCCCCAGUUCCAGCGUGGUAAAUCCAGCGUCCACCAUGAUUGAUGCAUCCCAGGAAAACACAAGAAAGUCAGCUAUAUCUCCAGCCAAGCAAAGGAAGAAUCCGUUUAAUAGCGCCAUGUUGCCAGAAGAUCACUUAUCUCAACAAACCAAAAAUGAGCAGUCAAAAAAUGGAAAGACUGGUUUCUUUCAGACUUCAAAAGAGGGGGAGUUGUCAGAGUCCAAAGAAGUGUCAUCUAUCCUGGAUAUUUCAAGCCAAAAGUUAGAGAAACCAAAGCAGACUCUUUCAGGUCCUGAGAAUGGGUCCCCAAUCAAGGCUCCAGUCCCCAAAGUCAGGAAAAUGCUCUACAAGUCCCAGGACUUAAAGCAAGAUGAUAACCAGCCUUUUCCUAGACAAAGGACAGACUCCUUGAACGCAAGAGGGGCUCCCAGAGGGAUCCUGAAACGCAAUUCCAGUUCCAGUAGCACAGACUCAGAAACUGUGCGUUUUCAUCAGAACUUUGAACCCAAAAGCAAAAUUGUGUCCCCGGGCCUAACCAUCCAUGAGAGAAUUUCUGAGAAGGAGCAUUCUUUAGAAGACGACAACUCCUCAAACUCGCUGGAGCCAUUAAAGCACGUGAGAUUCUCUGCCUUGAAGGAUGAGCUGCCACAGAGUCCAGGGCUGGUCCACAGCCGGGAAGUGGGAGAAUUUAGUGUUUUAGAGUCCGAUAGGCUGAAGAAUGGAACAGAAGGUGCAGGGCUCAAAGAUGAGGUUGGGAAUGACCCUUGGCCUUCCCAGUACACAAACGGUUUGCCUUUUCAGUCAUCAGCCUCAAGCCCAAGUCCAUCAAAAAGUGAAACAAGCCAGCCAACUACUUCUGGUUCCUUUCCAAUUAAUGAGCACUCUUCUCCCAAAGAAGUGUUAACUACAAGACCACUGUCCACUGAGAAUUCACACACCAUCAAUGAACACAAAACUAGCUCAUCAGAAUUGUCCAAAAACCCUGCUGAUGGACUGUCUCGCACUGAGCCCAGCUCACCUGAGGUGCCAGACUGCAGUUCUAGAGACCAUCAGCAAGGUUCAGAAGAAGAACCCAGUCCUGUUUUGAAAAUUUUGGAAAGGAGUGCUGCUAGGAAAAUGCCUUCCAAAAGUCUGGAAGAUAUUUCAUCAGAUUCAUCAAAUCAAGCCAAAGUAGAUAAUCUGCCAGAAGAAUUAGUACGUAGUGCUGAAGAUGAUCAAAAAGCAGAUCAGGAACCAGACACAAAUGAAUGCAUUCCAGGAAUUCCCACAGUGUCUUCACAGCCUGAUAAUCAGUUUUCCCACCCUGACAAACUCAGAAGGAUGAGCAAGUCUGUUCCAGCAUUUCUUCAAGAUGAGAGUGAUGACAGAGAGACAGAUACAGCAUCAGAAGGCAGUUACCAGCUCAGCAGACACAAGAAGAGCCCAAGCUCUUUAACCAAUCUUAGCAGCUCCUCUGGCAUGACGUCCUUGUCUUCUGUCAGCGGCAGUGUGAUGAGUGUUUAUAGUGGAGACUUUGGCAAUCUGGAAGUGAAAGGAAAUAUCCAGUUUGCCAUCGACUACGUGGACUCACUAAAGGAGUUGCAUGUCUUUGUGGCCCAGUGUAAAGACUUAGCAGCAGCAGAUAUUAAAAAACAGCGUUCGGACCCAUAUGUAAAGACUUACCUAUUACCAGACAAAGGCAAAAUGGGCAAGAAGAAAACACUUGUAGUGAAGAAAACUUUGAAUCCUGUGUAUAACGAGAUACUGCGGUAUAAAAUCGACAAGCAAAUCUUAAAGACACAAAAGCUGAACCUGUCUGUCUGGCAUCGAGAUACAUUUAAGCGCAAUAGUUUUCUAGGGGAAGUGGAACUUGAUUUGGAAACUUGGGACUGGGACAACAAACAGAAUAAACAAUUGAAGUGGUACCCUCUAAAGCGGAAGACAGCACCAGUUCCCCUUGAAGCAGAAAACAGAGGCGAGAUGAAGUUGGCUCUCCAGUAUGUCCCGGAGCCAAUGCCUGGUAAAAAACUUCCUACAACUGGAGAAGUGCACAUCUGGGUGAAGGAAUGCCUCGAUCUACCACUGCUAAGGGGCAGCCAUCUAAAUUCUUUUGUUAAAUGUACCAUCCUUCCAGAUACAAGUAGGAAGAGUCGCCAGAAGACAAGAGCUGUGGGGAAAACCACCAACCCUGUCUUCAACCACACCAUGGUCUAUGAUGGGUUCAGGCCUGAGGAUCUGACAGAAGCCUGUGUAGAGCUGACUGUCUGGGACCAUUACAAAUUAACCAACCAGUUUUUGGGAGGUCUUCGGAUUGGCUUUGGAACAGGUAAAAGCUAUGGUACUGAAGUGGAUUGGAUGGACUCUACUUCAGAGGAAGUGGCUCUCUGGGAAAAGAUGGUGAAGUCUCCCAACACUUGGAUCGAAGCAAUCCUGCCUCUCCGAAUGCUGUUGAUUGCCAAGAUUUCCAAGUGA